AUGAAUGAUGGCACAACAACUCUUAUGAUAGCUAGCGUAAAUGGCCAUAGUGAUGUCGUUCAACUGUUACUAAAGAGCAAUGUUCCAAUAAACACCCAGAACAAUAAAGGAGUUACAGCAUUUUAUCUUGCCUGCACGAAUGGUUGCUUGUCAGUCAUCUCUACCUUACUUAGUAAUGGGGCAGAUCCUAACCUAGCUAAGAAUGAUGGCACAACACCUCUUAUGAUAGCCAGUGCAAAUGCCCAUGAUGAUGUCGUCAAAUUAUUACUAGAGAGAAAUGUUCCAAUAAACACCCAGAACAAGAAAGGAGUUACAGCAUUUUACCUUGCCUGCAUGAAUAGUCACUUAUCAGUCAUCUCUACCUUACUUAGUAAAGAGACAGAUCCUAACCUAGCUAUGAAUGAUGGCACAACACCUCUUAUGAUAGCCAGUCAAAAAGGCAAAUGUGAGGUUGUUCACCUAUUACUAGAGAAAUGUGUUUUGAUAGACAUCCAGAGUGAAAAUGGAUCAACUGCUUUAUUUUGUGCCAGCCAGAAUGGUCACCUAUCAGUGAUGUCUACUUUACUAAGUAAUGGAGCAGAUCCUAACCUAGCUAUGAAUAAUGGUACAACAACUCUUAUGAUAGCUAGUGUAAAUGGCCAUAGUGAUGUCGUUCAACUGUUACUAAAGAGCAAUGUUCCAAUAAACACCCAGAACAAUAAAGGAGUUACAGCAUUUUAUCUUGCCUGCACGAAUGGUUGCUUGUCAGUCAUCUCUACCUUACUCAGUAAUGGGGCAGAUCCUAACCUAGCUAAGAAUGAUGGCACAACACCUCUUAUGAUAGCCAGUGCAAAUGCCCAUGAUGAUGUCGUCAAAUUAUUACUAGAGAGAAAUGUUCCAAUAAACACACAGAACAAGAAAGGAGUUACGGCAUUUUAUUUUGCUUGCAUGACUAGUCACUUAUCAGUCAUCUCUAUCUUACUGAGUAAUGGGGCAGAUCCUAACUUAGCAAAGAAUGAUGGCACAACGCCUUUUAUGAUAGCCAGUCAAAAUAGCCAUAGUAAUGUCAUCCAACUAUUACUAGAGAUAAGUGUUCCAAUAAACAUCCAGAACAAAAACGGUUCAACUGCUUUAUUUUGUGCCACCCAGAAUGGUCACUUAUCAAUGAUAUCUAUCUUACUUAGUAAUGGAGCAGAUGGUGACCUAGCUCUGAAUGAUGGUACAACACCUCUUAUGAUAGCCAGUGAUCAAGGCUAUAGUGAUAUUGUUCAACUUUUACUUGACUGGAAUAUUUUAAUAAAUAUCCAGAACAGCAAUGGAGCAACAGCAAUUGGUUUUGCCUCCCAAAAAGGCCACUUGUCUCUUGUUUUUACAUUACUCAACAAUGGUGCUGACCCAAAUCUUGCUAUGAAGAAUGGAGCAACACCUCUAAUGGCAGCCAGUGGAAAAGGUCAUAAUGAUGUUGUUCAACUAUUACUAGAGAGAAAUGUUCCAGUAAAUAUUCAUGAUGGAAACGGAAGAACAGCAUUUUAUUGUGCAAGCCAAAAAGGUCACUCAUCAGUCAUCUCUACCUUACUUAGUAAUGGGGCAGAUCCUAACCUAGCUAUAAAUGAUGGCACAACACCUCUUAUGAUAGCCAGUGUAAAUGGCCAUAAUGAUGUCGUCAAACUAUUACUAGAGAACAAUGUUCCAAUAAACACCCAGAACAAGAAAGGAGUGACAGCCUUUUAUCUUGCCUGCAUGAAUGGUCACUUACCAGUCAUCUCUACCUUACUUAGUAAUGGGGCGGAUCCUAACCUAGCUAAGAAUGAUGGCACUACACCUCUUAUGAUAGCCAGUCUAAAUGGUCAUAGUGAUGUUGUUCAACUAUUACUAGAGAGGAAAGCUGAUCCUAAUCUAACUAUGAACAAUGGAGCAACACCUCUUAUGAUAGCCAGUCAAAAUGGCCAUACUGAUGUAGCUCAAGUAUUACUAGAGAGAAAUGUUCCAAUAAACAUCCAGACAAAAAUUGGAGCAACAGCGUUUUAUUUUGCCUGCAAGAAUGCCAUCAUUGAGGGUCCAAGGAUGGCUCGGUCAAGACAGACCUCACAUAGAUCCUGA